AUGUCUUCCGCACUCGCGAAGCUCCAGCAAACUGGAACCGGCAUUGGAAACCACGCGUUGAUCGCGCUGAAGCUUCGCCUUCCGGGGAAGAAAGUGGGGAGCUUAACGGCGGAUACGCACCACCAUGUGAAGCAUCUGUUUGAACAGCGAUUCCUGUACUAUGGGGAUAUGAUCGACUCCACAACUUCCGACUGCGGUAGCGUCAACGAACAGCUUUCCAGCCUGCGGUGUGCGAUGGAGGAGGCUAUUCUCACCAACAGAACGUUCGUGCUGCCUCGCCACAUCUGCAUCCGCCCUGCAUUCAACAUUGAUGCUGCCAGGAUAGUGAACACAUCCCAAACGGAGAUGCUUCUAGAGGAUCUCUUCGACCUUAAAGCCAUCGCCAAAGCUUUGCCUAAGGGCCUCGUCUUUGCUGACUCUGACGACUGGAAACAGACUCUCGCCGUCGCCCAGGACGCGCAAACCCUGGCGGACGCACGGAAGAAAAUGUCUGCUGGGAAGGAGGGAGGGGAGGGUGGGGGAGCGGGUGGGGGAGGGGGAGCGGAGGAGGAGGAGGAGGACGAGACGCCGGCGCAGUAUUUGGUGGUGGAGGAUGGGAGUGUGAGUUGGAGGGAGCUUCGGGACGUGCCUGAUUAUGCCGAGGCUAAGAUUGUGCAUCGGAAGGAUGACCGACCCUGGAGGAGGGCGUGUGAAACGCGGUUCAACGGCACAGCAGUGAUCUACCAUGGCCCGCCCUUUGCCAAAUACAUCCGCGACCUAGCCAUGCAGCUAUCUGAGAAGCUGGGCCAUUUUGUCUUUCUGCACGUGCGCCGGCACAACACGGACAUCAUGAGGGACGACGCCUCUUACCUGCGCUGUCGGCACCUCGACCGUGACACACGUGUGCCAGCUAUCCGGAGGCACAUCUGGCGCCUUAUACCUGAAAACAGCACUCUCUAUAUUGCCACAGACGAAGUCAACCAGGGGUUCUUCUCAGGCCUCAAGCAGUGGUAUGACAUUCGCCUUGCUCGGAGCUUUGACCAUAUCCUCAAAGGCAAGGUCACCAACAACUACCAGGUGUUUGCCAUUGAGAAGCACCUCUCCAAGUUUGCAUCCUUCUUUGUAGCCACAUUCUGUGAUGAGGCUGACUCCUAUGACUUCCCUCGCCUGAUCAAGCUCUCACAGCAACAUUACCACCAACAGCAGCACCACCGGUCGUCGAUCUCCUGCCGAGCCACCGUCUCUCAGGACCCGGCAACCCUCUCCUCAAUACGGGACGCCGUUAACGGUAACGUUAACGUCAAUGCGGAAACCGAUGCCGUCCCGUCGUCUCCCCUCAGCUACGACUCACCGCCUGCCGCUCAAACCGGCAACGGCGCGUCCCCGGAGUUCCCGCAACCCGUGUCUGGGUUGUCGUUUUCCGAGCGCAAAUUCGGACCGUUGGCGGAGGUGCCUCCGGAGGAAUACGAUUUGGCGGUGGCGGAGCGCGCGGUGCAGCUGUCUUGCCGGCUGACGCAGCGCGUGCAGGACCAGCUGCGACGCGCGGAAGACGUCGCGCGGUCGAAGAAGGACAAGUCGUUCGUCACCGUCGCAGACUGGGGAGUGCAGGCGGUGGUGAGCUGGGUGCUGAAGCAAGCCUACCCCGACGAGCCAAUCUCCAUGGUGGCGGAGGAAGACACCAAGGAGCUCACUGGCCAGGCGGGCGUGGCCGUGCUGCAGCGCCUCGUGCAAACCGUCAACGAGUGCCUCGCGGAAGCCGCCCUAGUCGGGAUCCCCCCGCCCGAAGCGCCGCUCACGGCGGUGCAGGUGCUGCAGGCGAUCAGCCGCGGGGGGUCGGAGGGGGGCGCGGAGGGGCGGCACUGGGUGUUGGAUCCCGUAGACGGGACGUUAGGGUUUGUGCGGGAUGAUCAAUACGCGGUCGCGCUCGCGCUGCUGCAGGACGGGCAGCUGAAAGUCGGCGCGCUGGGCUGCCCGAAUUUUCCGGUCAGGUCGGGGUGGCUCCGGCACCCGCACCGGUUCCACCGGCUGACCGCGAAAUAUUUCCCGCCGACCAAGUGGCAUAAGGGGUUUGUGCUGAAGGCGCAGAGGGAGGGUGGUGCGUGGAUGGAGUCGCUGGUGGAGAUUGGGAGGGAUGGAGGGGCGUUGAGAGCGGUUCCAGUGCCGGUUAGGGUUUCGCCUGUGCGGGAUGCAGCGCUGGCGACGUUUUGCGAGCCGGUGGAGAAGGCAAACUCGAACCAAUCGUUCACUGCUGAGCUGGCAGACACGCUCGGCAUCAGCAAUGAGCCUCUCCGGGUGUACAGCAUGGCCAAGUAUGCCGCCAUUGCGCGGGGCGACGCUGAGAUCUUCAUGAAGUUCGCACGUGGCAGCUACAAGGAGAAGAUCUGGGACCAUGCAGCAGGCGUGAUUAUAGUGGAGGAGGCGGGCGGCGUGGUGACAGAUGCGGGUGGCAACCCCUUGGAUUUUAGCAAGGGGAGGUUUCUGCUGGGGCUGGACCGAGGGAUCAUGGCGACCAAUGGCCCGGAUAUGCAUGAGCAGCUGCUGAGCACUGUAGAUGCUAGCUGGAGUGCUUCUCGGCUGGAAGACCCUUGGCUCCCAGUGGACCCACCGACCCGCGUUAUCCGCUGCUUAUUCCAACUCCAGAAAUUAGGCGGCGCCUCUAAUUUGUUCUUUGAUCGCGGUUUUGUCCCAGAUCUUGGGCAAACGGAGGAGUAUGCAGGCAAUCCCAUCCCGAUGACGCCGCAUCAGAUGGCGUUGCUUCUUGAAGAGAUUGCCAAGCUCGACACGGAGAGAUUGAUUCUUGAACCCGGCGUCAUGCUAGCCGAUACGGGCACUGUUCUUAAUCUUAAUCUGAUUCGACAAAAGGCCCUCAGUCCCGCCUACACGCUACCAGAGAUGCUAAUGGAUCUAAAUUCCAUCUGCGAGCCUUUUCUGAACCAGAGCCCGAGCCACGCGCAAUACGCCAAAGGCUUUCUCGAAAACGCAAACGAGGCAAUUGUUAUCGCUGUCAGAGACGCGCAGGUAAGUUCGGCCGGCUAUCCGGCAGAUGGAACCGUUCCCGUCGCGAACGGGGAUCCGAACCAACAGCAAGGUCACGUGCAAUAUGCGCAGCCCGGACAAGAUCCACAGCAGCAGUAUCAGCAGCAGCCGCAAUAUCAGCAGCAGCCGCCGCAGUACCAACAACAACCACAGCAAUACCAGCAGCAGCAGCCACAGCAACCGCAGUACCAGCAGCAGUAUCAGCAACAACCGAUGCCGCCUCAACAGCAGCAGUACCAGCAGCAACCGCCGCCGCCACAGCAACAGCAACAGUACGUGCAGCAGGACGGCAGCAUGUACGCUCCACCAAACGGAAUGGUAAACCAGCAGAACGGACAGGGAAUGAACGGGACGGCCGGCAACUCUUGGGUGAUGCAAGUCGUUGGAGAAGACGGUAACGGUCAGAUGCAGCCUGGCGGCGUGAUGCAGAAUCAACACCACCAGCAGCAGCAGAUGCCACAUCAGCAUCAACAGCAAGCGGGUUACCAUCACCAACAAAACGGCAUGGUGCAGCAAGGGGGGCAGAUGGUGGGUUACCAGCAGCAACACCCGCAGCACCAGCACCAGCAGCCACACCAUGUGGGUAUGGCUGGCGGUCCCCCCAUGGCUAACGGUCCCGGCGGAAUGCCCGAAGCAGUAGGCGACUCGUCUUUCGUUGGUAAGAAACGCCAGCGGAUGGAUAAACCCGGCGGCCCGGGCGCGCCGCCGAUGAAGGCCGCGUCGGGCGCGCCUCGGUCGCGCGUGGAGGGGCGGCGAUGCGAGGUGUGCGCGGUGAUUAAGAAGGCCGGGUGUGGCACGGAAAACGCGCACUUUCGGUGCCUGAAGCGGAAGCUUCCGGAAGGCGCGCAGGAGCUAGAGCGGAGAGUGGGAGAACUGGUAGACGUGGGGAAGGAGGAGCGAGUGACGGUGUGGAAUCCCAAGGAGGGGAGGAAGCUAAGCGGUCAGGCGGCUCCUAUGCUGAAAAACCUGGUCGGGUGGCUGGCGAGUCAUCCUGGUUGGGAGGCGCACCCACGAGGGUCUAGCCCUGUUGCAAGGAAGGUGACAAACAACGGAUCAUCCGGACCUCCUCCCCAGGCUCCCCCAGCGGGUCAUCAUCUCGCCCAUGCCCCCGCUCCUCCUGCUUCCGUGCCUGUGCACGUGCCCAUGCCUGUGCCUGUUUCUCAACAAGACCCCAUUCCCUCUCGAACAUAA